AUGUCACAACAUAACGCAAGUAUCUUCCACCCAGCCACCUUUAUCCUCCUGGGCAUUCCAGGGCUGGAGCACAUCCAUGUCUGGCUUUCCCUGCCUUUCUUCUCUGUCUACAUUGUGGCUCUUCUGGGCAAUGUCACCAUCUUAUUGGUGAUUUGGGUUGAAAGGUUGAUCCAUGACCCCAUGUUCUAUUUCCUGGCUAUCUUUUCUAGUAUCGACCUGGCCUUGUCCACAUCUUCUGUGCCUCGGAUGCUGGGAAUUUUCUGGUUUGAAGCCCAUGAGAUCAGCUUUGGGGCCUGUUUGGCUCAGAUGUUUCUCAUUCACACCUUCACUGGUAUGGAAUCUGAUGUCCUAUUAGGCAUGGCCUUUGAUCGUUAUGUGGCCAUCUGUGCCCCACUUCACUACACAACCAUUCUGACAGCAAAUGUACUGACAGAUUUGGGGAUUUUCAUUAUCCUAUUCCCUGUUGUGCUCAUGCUGCCUAUCAUUUACCUGAACUACCACCUGCCCUUCUGCCAAACACAUAUCAUUGCUCAUGGCUACUGUGAACACAUGGGCAUUGCCAAACUUGCUUGUGCCAACAUUCGUAUCAAUGCCAUCUAUGGACUCUUUGUUGCCUCUUUCCUGGUCUUGGGUUUGAUAUUGAUUGGAAUUUCCUAUUUUUAUAUCCUACGUGCAGUCUUUCAUCUCCCUUCUCAUGAUACUCGAUUAAAGGCACUUAGUACUUGCAGUUCACAUGUAGGAGUUAUAUGUGUUUUUUAUGUACCUUGUCUCUUUUCCUUCCUCACUCAUCGAUUUGGCCGCCACAUCCCUUAAUACAUCCAUAUUCUUGUUGCCAGUCUCUAUGUGGUCAUCCCACCAGAACUUAACCCAGUCAUAUAUAGUAUGAGGACUAAGCAAAUCAGAGAGCGGGUAUUCUGGAUCUUCACUGGCAAAUAA